UGGAAGCACGCUGGAAGACUGCUACUGCUACUACGAAGGAGAAUCGAGUGCUUGAUUUCGGAGGCACAGAUUCUGCUCCCUUUCAGCGCCAUCCAGGAGCCCGCUUCUCCUUCGGCGACGCGCAAUCGCAUCUACCUCGUCGCGUCUCGCUUCAUUUUCACACUCAUUGCUCUUUUCCGUGUCCGAUUCCGUGCAUCAUUGCUCUGUGACUUGUUUCAGUCUGCAGCAGAUAAGAGUCGCGUCGAUCUGCGCGCUCCUUAGGGAGUCAUGUCGAGAGCAGUCAUUCGUGAACUUGGAGUUCCUAAGCAUCUCCGCCCCCAGACAUGCCGCUCUAGCAUAUCUCGAUCCGCCUCUACAGUGGCCCAGGAUGCAGGCAUGCAAAAGCCGAAGUCCGGAGGAGGGGGAUUGGCUGGUGUGGUUGCUGUUUUGGCUGGAGUAACGAUUGUUGGAGGAUCUUACUACGCAAUGACAAGGGAACCCCAACCUAGACCACUUCCUCCAAUGACAGUGCAAAGUUUGCCGUCUCCUGCUCCUGCCCCAGCUGUUCAAACCGCAUCCCCAUUCGCUCCUCCAGCAGUUUCUGCCCGCGAUGAGUUGGUGCAGAGGUUGCAGGCCUUGAAAUCGGAGCUUGAACAGCUGCGCAAACAAAAACGCGAUAAGCUUAUCGAUGUGAAGAAAAAGGCAAUCAAGGAGGAAAUUCAGACCAUUCAAUCUGGUCUUGCUACUCUUGACAAGAGUGCAAAGAAAUCAUGAGGUGGACAAUCUCUGUGAUCGCAAGAAGUGUCGUAUAUGUGUUGGCCAUGAAAAGUCUAGGAGUGUAGGUUGUCACCAAUCCGUAACAAAUUGUUCAUUGAAGUAUGGUUUACCAUAGAACCACAGACCUGCGUGUACAUUGUAGAUCUCGACAAAAUGUUUUGAAUACCUCAAACUCUUCCUCUCAGUCUGAUCAUGCUAGAAACUUUCUAAUUUCAAGCUCUGCUGUAGUUCAUAAUGGCAUGAAAUGACAAGAGGCAACUUUUCAACGUUCUGGGACGAUGAUGAUUAGAGCAAAGCCGAUCCAUCUACCCUGUGAGGAGAAAAUGUUUCUGGGGAGUUCCUCGUACGUGAAGCGUAAAAUUCAAAUUAGAUCGAGUUUUCAUUCACGAAUCUUAAUGUCUCUAAGCUAACUUGGAAUAAAGAGUUCAUCCCUUGCGCCAGGGUUGUUUCUUCGA